GGGGAACGUUUGAAACGGACCCAGCACUUUUCCCUCCUCCCUCGUUUUCCUUCGUCUCCCGACGGCGCAGCAGGACCCCGGUCUGCGGGCUGCACCGCGUCCGACUGCUACAACUAAAGACAACAACUUGGAAAGUGUGUGUUCUUCUUCUUCUUCUUCUUCUUCUUCCUACAUGGUAAUUUAACUCUGCACUGGAAGAGGACAAAGGGGAGGGACGGUCUGCGCUGAUGGAGCCGCAGAUGAGAUAGCGCUCAUUGCCGAACCCAUCUCUCCAUCCCUCCCUGCGGUCGGACGGACGCUCGGCUCCUCUCUCUCUCUCUCUCUCUCUCUCUCUCUCUCUCUCUCCGGAUGAUGUAAGUGUUCUGUCACCGACCGGGCCAGCUCACGAGGUGCUCGCAGUUUCUUCUUCUUCUUCUUCUUCUUCAUCAUCAUCACCAUCAUCCUCGCAGCGCGGGGAUCAUCCGACGGAGCGGCCGCGUCCAGGUCUUCGGCUCGACGCGCUGUUCGCCCGGGGGACGGAGGGCGAGUGUCUCCGCCACGACCGCCGCCGGAGACGGACUUCAGGACGUUGGAUCGCUACACUGAUGUGCAACAUGGGAGCAUGUCCUGCAGGUGCAGUCAUGUGGCAGAGGAUUCAGAUUUGCUGCGCACUGUUUGCACUGUAUUCAGCGGCACCGCCUGCACACAUCAACCGCCUGGCGCUGUUCCCUGACAAGAGCGCCUGGUGCGAAGCCAAGAACAUCACACAGAUAGUCGGGCACACGGGAUGUCAGCCUCGCUCUAUUCAAAACAGAGCUUGUCUGGGCCAGUGUUUCAGUUACAGUGUCCCCAACACGUUCCCACAGUCAACGGAGUCUCUGGUGCACUGUGACUCCUGCAUGCCGGCCCAGACACAGUGGGAAGUGGUGACGCUGGAGUGCCCUGGCAGCGAGGAUGCUCCUCAUGUGGAUAAGCUGGUGGAGAGGAUCUUCCACUGCAGCUGCCAGUCCUGCGGUAAGGAUGGUGCCCAGGAGGAGGCGCUGAUGCAGCUGUUUCCCGCAGACAAUGGCCUGGACGCUCCUUCUCUACCUGACGUCCCGAGCGGAACUCAGUCUCACCCUCUGCCCCCUUCAGAUACACACUCUAAUAACAAGCAUACUCACACACACGCGGACCAUCACACACUACCACACACAUCAGACGGAGGGUAGGUUCGUCACCUGUCCGACUCUUUAUUCUGUCAAUUUGCUCAUCUCUCCUGUCUUCUCUCCUCCACACUGCACCAUUGCAUCAGACUGUAGUAUUGUAAAGGCACUUUGAAAAUAAGUUCACUUCACUUUUUGUUGAAAAAAUAAGUUUCUCCAAAGGCACACACACACACACACACACACACACACACGCUCACCAAGUCAUGCUAUCAGAUCACACUCUAUUGUAUAUAAACUCAUACAAACACAUCAGCGUAUGCAGUUUUUUUUCUGUUUGCUGAUUAACACAUAGAUAUGUGCAUUUGUGCAUCAAGACAUCACUAUAGUCUGUCAAUCAGUUGUAGUCUCAUUAUUUUUAAUCUGCUUUUAAUCCAAUAAAUUCUGUCGUUGUGAUAACA